GUCAGUAGUUUAUAAAUAUGGCACUUGUUCUGGUGCUGGAUUAGGCAACCUCAUAUCUCUUGCAUCCUCAUCUCUCUGCCCACUUUUCUCCAUAAACAUGGCACUUCUUCCAUGGCCCUGGACAAGAGUUGUGUUAUUUGCAUAAGCUAUGCUCCUUAAUGGAGGUUGCACUACAGAGCUGCUUUGAGAGACUUUUGGGAUGCUGUUGAAGAGAAGCCCAACUGUCUCCUCUGGGCACCUCAAACCUUUGAGGACCCCACCUGAGACCCUCCUCUUUGCUGCUCUUUAAGGAGAACAGUCCAGAACAGCCUGUAUCAUGUAUGUGAACCAUGUUUUAUAGAAUCAUAGAAUCAUUAAGGUUGGAAAUGACCAAGAUCCUCUAGUCCAGUCAUCAAUCCAUCUCCCUUGCAUUUUGUUUUCUUGUGCCCAUUUGGCUUCUGCUGCUGUGAUUUAUUCCUUCCUUAAGAUCUACACUGAGCUCUGUGGCUCUUCAUUUGACUCUUUCAUGGAGAUAGAAAAGUGAAAAAAGACUUUGGUGGCAUCUCUUCUUCAGCAGUGGAAAUAGUACCCUCCUCUGACUCUGCUGAUUCCAAAUCCUCUCCUUCCUGCCCUGCAGCCACAAGAGGCAUAUCUCUCCUCAUUAGGACUGCUACAGCAGCAGUCUAAUAUCUGCUAGAAAGGGAAAGGAGGUAAAUGUCAGGAGAAAAUUCUAAUGGAGAUGACAGGGUUGGACUUGAACACUCCUUCCUGUUUUCUACUACGAUGUGGGAUUAUUGGAAGUAUGUAAUCUACAAACAUCUCAACUCCCAUGUGACUCAGAGAAGACUGGAGGAUUCAGUAAGAUUCUUCAAUCUCUGAGCUCUAGCACUGAAGAAAGGAAGGUUUGUCUUGCAGGGCAGACCACAUAGGAGCUGGCUUGCAGUAGAGGGAUGUUCAACAUUACUCACAGCUCCGCUCCAUACAGAAAAUGCACAGCUCCUUCAUUGUGCAGCCUUUGCUUACAGUGACUUGAAAGACAGAAUGGUGCCAGCAAUGAAGCAGGAGAGCACAAUUUUUAUAAACAUCAAUAAAAUGAAAAAGCAUGACCUAACAGUCUUCGGGAGUUGAGCAUGGGGUUCGUGGCUUGUUCUCAAGGACUCAAAAGUCCUUGACUGUUGCCUAUAUUUUAGGCACAGGACAUUUUAUUUCUUUAUGUAUAUAUUCUGCAGGGUUUUUUUCAGAUUAAUUAAAACUAUGGGCAAGGCCACACUUCCAUCCUAUGGAAGGGUCCAGUUUCAUUCCCACAGAUCACUCAUUCAUGGCUAAGCUGGACUCGCUUUCCUUCUCUGACAAGUGUAGACUGCCCACAUAAGAAUUUUACAUUGGUCUGCCCUUAAAGCUGAUCUUUAUUAGCUUUUGUUGAUUCCAACUACGUGGGAAAACUUUUUGUCAUGCAAGACUUGCUGCUAAUUGCUCUGGUGGGAUUUCACCAUCAGGAUUUUGAUAACUUCAGCUGUGUUUGCACAGCAUUUUUGAUAUCACACCUGGGUCCUGGUUGCAGUACUCAGUACCUAGCUGAUAUCUGCUUUGCUUACUUCCUGUUUAGCUGUGGAUAUUAUAAGUCCUUUUUGAAGAAAAACCGAACCAAACAGAGAAAAAAGAAUCAACACAGUUUAGUUCUUUGUUUCUCUGUAUGCAGUGACCUCUUGUGAGCAGCAAAACACUGAUAACAGCCUCUCACUUCACCAUGUUAAAAGCAGAAGCCCAGUGAGUACUGCUGGGACACCAAGCUCAGCAUCUUGCUAUUCUUAUUCAGAAAUGUCCAUUAAAUGCUGUUCUCAACUUGAGUCCCAGAAUCUCUUUGCUCCAAUAUCUCAAGGCUGCACGCUGCUCUUGAUGCCCUACCUGAGGCUGACCAAAUGGACCCAGAGGUUCUUUACAGCCUCAGCCAUUCUGUGAUCCUGUAAAGAUGCACUUCCAGGAGCUUUAACACAGCAUUAGACUCCCUGACUUCUGUCUAGUAUGUUUCUGGUCCAGGUCUCAAACUCUGACACAUCAUAGUUACAACAGGUGGUUAUUGGUUAUCAUCAUCGUUAACAAUUUUUAAUGCCAUUUUCAACUCACUUGUGAUGUGGGAAAACAGCAGCUCUCCUACAGCUUUCCUUCAGGAGACCAUAGGAGUGAACUCUUUUCAUUCUCUUGGAAAUCACAUGAGAGUGUUCUCUCCAAACCCUUUAUCCACUACUAAUGGAAGAAACCCUGUCUCCACCAAGCCUCCUGUAUGCACACUGGGAUGCUGUUUGGAUAUGGGCUCAUCAGUGGUUUGUAAAGCAGCAGACAGAGAGGUUUGCAACCCUCUGUGUGCUCAUUCCCUGGAAGGGGCAAUCUGGAUACCAAUCUGGAUUUCAUGAGUGUGGGCUUUGGAGUUGAUAAGCACCACAUAGAAAAAGAAAGUGCCCAUAGUUCAUGUAUUGGUGCAGGCAUAGGAGAGGACCUGUCCAGUGAGAUACAAUUUGAAAAUGGUCCCCCUAUAUCUAGAAAAUAGAAAUAAAUAAAAUACAUAUAAAAUGUAAUUAACAUGCUAUAAAACCAUUACAGUUAUGUGAAGGAAAAUGCGUACUCAGACUCCAUCAACUGUAUUUUGAGAGGCUGUAGAAGAGCAGCCCAUGAACAUCUGUGUGUACUCAGAGACAGGAUGUACUGCCUAAUGCCACCGAGGCUGUCUGCUGGGAAUAGAAACUCCGUGCACCCCAUGGGAAAUGAGGAAGUAGAAAGAGAAAUCAGCAGGCUCAGCUAUCUAAUGCCGAUCUGUUUCUGACACGUGGUGCUCUCUAGUAAACCUGGGAGAAAUUCUGAGGAAACAGCAAAUAGCAAUUGUUGCCCCCCGUUUCUAGGAAGAUGUGAGCAAAUAUCCCCAGGAUAACAACAACAUAAAUCUCUCUUCUUUGUGUAAUUUUUUGUUUGUUAUUAAAAGGUGCAGAUUUAUAUUGGUGCAGGUGUGUAUUGCAGCAGGGCUGUGAACAUAUGUCCAUUUCUCAAGGGGGAAAAAGGAACUGACAGUUCAGCUGCUGCUUCUGAGACACAGCUUCAAGGUGAGCAAGAGCUCAUCCCUCAAAGUCCUCCCUGCGAUGCUGCUGCUGCUGCUGCUGCAGAUCUCACUGAGCUGCCUCUGGCUGGGACGUGGUGAGGUGGUGACAUCCUUUGAAAGUUCAUGCCCUCAGUUUUUCUUCCGGGAAACCCCCCCAAAUGAAGCCCUGGAACCAGAGAGCCCAGCCUGGAUCUGCCAGCGUUACAAGAAUCAGUAUUAUUUUGCCACCUUGUAUGACAGGAGCAGGCGUAUUCCCGUGUAUUCUGCUUACCUGUACCAACCUGGAUCUGGCACAAGACCCAAAACCUGGCUGGUGGAACCCCAGCUGAUGGGCCUGAGUUAUCCCAAAACAAUGGAAAGAGAAUGGACACUCUCAAAAUAUUACAACGUCACUUCAGAGCAGAUUGGCAAGAGCCAAGCUAUCCUCCAGGAUUACAAGAACCUGACGGGUUUGAACCGUGGCCAUUUGAACCCCAGUGGACAUCACUCUGACUCCAGCAGCAGGACGGCAACCUUCAGCCUCACCAACAUCGUGGCCCAGGAUGAGAAACUCAACGGUGGUGCCUGGAACAACUAUGAGCAGCAAACCAUGAUGAGGAGGACAGUGGGGUGUAACACAACCUACGUCGUGGUGGGUGCUGUGCCUGGGAACAACUAUAUUGCCAAGGGCAGAGUGAAUAAGCCCAGCCACAUCUGGUCGAGCGCUUGCUGUGAGGUGGACAAAAACCACAGGGAGGCUUGGGGGGUCAUUGCUGAGAAUGACAAGAAUGAGGUACAGCUCCUCACACUGGGGGAGCUGGAGGAGGUGUUGACCCACCUUUAUGGCAGGGAUCAGGUUUAUCUGUUUGAUAGUGACUGUCCCAGGGAAUAAGCUCCGUUUCACAUCAUAGGUAUCCUAUUAUACCCACCAGCAUUUGUCCUACUUCCUUCUCUAGGGGUUUUCCAGUUGCACUCCGAACCUCUUCUUUGAAAAUAAAAGGGAGAGGCCAGUAGAGCCUCUGGCUCAUUUGCUUUCCUACUCUGCUUCCCACCCUUGCAAUGAUGGUUCUGGGAUGAGUCCCUGAAAGCUCUGGAGGGACAGUCUGGAUACCAGUCCGUGGGUAAGGAAUCAGUUUGUCCUUAAGACUAGAGACAUACUGCUUUUUGUUCCUCCCUGUUUCUCCAUGCCCACAUACAGACUGUGGUUCCUUACCCUCUUUCAUUCAACAUUGCUGUUAACAUGCUGUUGAUUUAUCCAUUGCCUCCUCAGGAAAGUUCCCAGGCAAGGUUGGCUCAGAUAAUCCAUGGAUUAUCCAGAUUCCUCCUUGGAGAUACUCAAAAUCCAUCUGGACCUUGUAAUGGACAACCUGCUCUGGCUGACUCGCCUGACACAGCCAAUGGCAAAGGCAAAGAGCAGACAGAGAGGGGAAAGUGGAAAGGAGGAAGGCUAGUAAGCAUGGGAAGAACAUCACAGCUCUGUUGAGCUCUGUAAAUAAGUAAAAUAAGGAAGGAGAUAACCUGCAUCUAAUCUCUAAGCUCCCUAACCAUGAGUUUACAUGAAGGCCAUGCUUAUGUAAAUUUACUAGAACAUUUUUGUUUGCUUGGUUUUGGAUCAUGUACCUUGAGAGCAAGAGCUGAGGUAUCAAGCAGCUGGGCUUAGGGAUCAGAUACACAGCAGACUUUGACCAACUAAAGAUAAAUUUCUGUAAUGCAGUGGGAUAACUUUAUUCUCUGCCCUACUUUUGAACCUUUUCUGCAGAUUUAUAUAUGAUUGAUUUUUUUUUUCCAUUGUAAAAUGUAUUCAGUGGGUAUAAAAGUUCAAUAUAUGC